UAUAAAAACCCUUUUUUACUUUUGGUGGGGCCCUUUUUUCUGCUCUUUUUAUUCUCUACAAACCAAACACUCCUCAGUUUCCUCUUCAUAUUCCUCUGUUUCUCUUUCUCUCCUCUUUUGUCUUCAGUUUUUUUUGGUAUUUUCGUGAUUUUAUAGAAACAAUGGGGGCUGAAGAGGCAGAGAAAAAGACCAUCAUCUUCACCUACGGAACACUAAAAAGGGGAUUCUCAAAUCACGUGCUGUUACAGGACAUGAUUGCCGCCGGCGACGCUUCUUUUCUCGGCGUUUAUCAAACCGCCGAUCGUCUUCCCCUUGUUUGUGGGCCCUACAGGGUACCUUUCCUUCUCAAUUUCCCGGGCUCCGGCGAGCGCGUGUGGGGCGAGCUGUACGCGGUUUCCGCGCGUGGGUUGGUUCGUAUGGACGAACUGGAAGGAAUUACUCGGGCCCAUUACGAGAGGCUACCCAUCAAAGUCCAACAACAGGCCCAGGCCCAGCCCGAGGUAACGACGGCGGAAGCGUAUUAUGCACACAGAAAUUAUGCGGAGGCGCUGUGGAAGAGGAAUGGGGAAAAGGGUUACAGUUGUUAUUCUGAGAAAGAGGCGAAAGGGUACGUGAAACGUAAAGAUAGGCCUCAACAUUUGACAUUUUUGGAGCAAAUUGGGCUUUUUAUUUCUUCAUCAGCAGAUCAAAAAGAUAAUCCCAAUUCUUGUUAUUGCAACAAACAUCUUCCAGCUGCUUCAGUUCCUAUUAAUCUUGUUAAUCAUUAAAACAUGUAUUAGUAUUAGUUUUUAGUUUUAAUUAGGAACUGAUAAGGGUUAAUCUUGUUUUAUGUGCUACUGCUAAUAAUUGUUAGAUCAAUAGCUGUUGAUGCUAAACGUGUUACAGAAUCCUCUUCUGUUUCUGUGCUAUGCAAAUGAUUUGAGUUAAUUGAACCAUGAAUUCGUUUGCUGCA